AUGAAGCCUACGACAGUCCGCACCAGUUCUCCUGAGCACAACAGCAGUUUCGGGACAUUCUACGAGGGUUGGCUUUCUGAACAAAACCAACACCUUCAGCGCCUCACCAGAAUCGCCGUCGAACACAACCACAGCCAAGCUGACGAUCCGGAGUUGUUACGCGUCCUGGUAGAGAUAGUGUUGAAGCAUUACGAGACUUACUACGAGGUAAAGUCUAGAUGGGCUGAGCACAACGUACUGACCAUGCUGUCUCGUCCAUGGAAGAGCUCACUGGAACAUGCCUUCCUUUGGAUAGGCGGGUGGCGACCAAGCAUGGGUUUUCAUUUGCUAUACGCAAAGUCCGGGCUGCAGCUGAAGGCUCAACUCACUGAGGUGAUGCGAGGUUUGAGCACCUGUGAUGACCUGAGUGAUCUUUCGCUGAGACAGGUUGCCAUUGUUGAGUGA